AUGGCUGGGCAUGGCUUCAGACCACCUCCCCUGAAUCUGUCUGAUGUCAAAUGUUUCAACAAAAAUUCUUUGCGGAAAACUGAAACAACCGUUACUAAUCCUGAUGGGAGCCGCAUUAUUGAAGGUAAAGAUGAAGAGGGCAAUCUUUACCGGAGGCCUUCUGAAUCCAGUUGUCAUGGAUUUGUUUUGGACACAGCUGAAGACCUGCAGGUUGCAGAAGUUAGGCCUGGUAUCAUUAUGGGGUCGCAAGAUGUUGCCCAUGACUUGGAUUUACUAAAGCAGCACGGUGUGACACAUAUCCUGAACGUUGCCACAGGAGUGGAUAACUUGUUCCCUGACCAGUUCAUAUAUCAGACUCAGGAGUUCCUUGACUUGCCAGAGUUUCCUAUAUAUCAUGGAUUUGAAAGUGCUAUUAAUUUUAUCGAGGAGGCUAUAAAAGCGAAUGGAACCGUUCUGGUUCACUGCAAUGCUGGAUUGUCUCGAUCUGCCACUGUUGUCAUGGCAUACUUAAUCAAAAAGGAAGGGAUGACAGUGAAUGAAGCUUUUUCUCACCUCCGAUCUAAACGACCAGCUAUUUGUCCAAAUCCUGGAUUUCUUAUCCAGCUUCAGAACUUAUACGAUUCAUUACAAACACAGACAGACAAUAAGUCAAAUAAUUCUGCAGCGUAA